UUGAAAAUAUGGAAAAAGUCUACGACUAUAAGUAAUCUAUUUUAUGCAUAGAGCCACAGAGAGAUGGGCCUUUUGAAAUGUAAAAGAAACAUUUUUCCAAAAAAAGAAAAUGUAAACGAAACAUGGAUGAAAGCAAGCUAUCUCACAUUAACUAGGGUUACUGGACUACAACUUCACAAUGACGAGAAGAAGAAGUCUUGCAGCGAAUUCUGCAUAUGAAGAAGCCAGCAUGGCGGUACAUCGGGGUGCAAAGCAGACAGCGGGACUCCGGAACACAAAUACGGCGAAGAUUGUCGGUUCUUCUACCCCUUUGCGCCGUUCAAAUCGUUUGAAAGGAAGUGGCCCUUUACAUGGAAGUUGGGAAGGGAAGCAGCCUUGCGGAGACGAUUGUGUUGUUCUUGACAUCCAUCAGCCGUGCAUCAAAAUGGAGGAAGUGAAAGAAAAGUAUGCCUAUGAAGAAAUCCGCAAAGCUCGCAUUUUGGAAAAUCAGGCUCGGAUGGAAAGUUUGGGAAUCCGAAAAACCAUGUCAGAACUUCGGUGCACCAUUCCUUCAAAGCCAAAAUUGGAUAAGAGAAAGUUGAUCAAGAGUGAAUGCUCGUCCAGCCUUUUGCGUCGUUCGAAUCGCUUGAAAAACAAACCAGCAGUUUCAAUUAAGCUAGAAGAUGAUGAGGGGUAUACUGCUCGCCAGCCGUCGUCCUAUGCGGUGGCUCGGGGUUGCUCAAGAAUGGUUAGGGGCAGUGUGCACGAUCCCAUCUACGGAAUCUCUUGCCACUUCUGCAGGCAAAAGAAAUUGUGUGGUGAAGAAGAAUGCAAGCGUUGUAAUGAUUUUGACAUGAACCAACCUUGUAUAGGUAAGACAGAUUGUUCGCUUUGUCAUUCUGGUACUGGUGUCUUUUGUCGAGCCUGCCUUGAGAUUAGAUAUGGUGAAGAUAUGGAUGAAGUGAGAGCGAAUAAAGAAUGGAUAUGCCCUCAUUGUGUUGAAGACAAAGGGAUUAAUCCCUAUUGGAUUUGCAAUAGUUCAUUUUGUUUGAAGAAGCGGCGAAUGGCUCCCACCGGGAUAGCAAUAUACAAAGCUCGAGAGAUGGGAUUCAAAUCAGUGGCACAUUUACUGAUGCAUGAGCUUAUGAGCAAAGAUGAUUGAUCCAUCCGAUCACAUUUACAAAGUGAACUACCGUAAGAGAGUGGAGCUGGAGGCUAACGUAUGCUACGUAUCCCAUCGUUACAAUGGUUUGCAUAUAUAAGACUAUGCAGGUGACCAAUUUUGUUAACAUAUCAUGGUCAUUGAACUUUUUGCAUUCAUAACAUUAUGCAGAAAGUUGAGGGGCUGAUUCAAUCUUUUGCUUCAUCCAUGUAUGUGAAACUGAUAAAAGCUUUGAAUGUGUACUAUCUGUUGCCAAUGGAACUUCAUGCGAAUAUGCUGAGAACAAUGCUACCCGAUGCGCAAACCCACACCAUAUUAUGGUCCAAUUUUAGAACCUUAAAUUGAAACGAGUAAACUUGUGCAGGUUCAGUGUGCAGUUCUGUAGGUCUCUUCCACUGGAUCUUCCCCGAUUCCAAAAGGCUAACGUGAACAAGGUAGAGGUGGGUGGGUGAAAUUGAAUUGAUAAAGUACGAAUUGCAAGUAAAACAUUAUAGAAAGUUAUUAAAAUUUGGAGUAAUAAUUAAGUAUAAUAUUUGGUUUAGUUCAUAUUUUUUAAUUCUUGAAAGUUGAUGUUUGAUAGCAAAUUUGUUAUGAUUUGCAAGAUAAUGACAAUUGAUACUUGAUUUAAAA